AUGGUCAUGGGAGGACUGCAACUGACUGUGGAGGGGUGGAGGGUGGAGACGGAGGUGGAGACUCUCUCGGACCAUCGAUAUAUAAGGUUCGAGGUGUCUCCAGCUCCCGUACGUCCGGCGUUGUCGUCAUCAACGUCGUCCAGUGGGCGUAGUCAGUUUCCGCGUUGGGCACUCUCCAAGCUCAACCGGGAACUGGCUGAGGAGGCCGCAAUCGUCGGCCGCUGGAGUCUUCCGCCGCUUAGGGAGUUUGGGGUGGAUGAGGCGGCUAACCGGCUCUGCGACGCAUUUACUGCUGUCUGCAGAGCGGCCAUGCCACUAGCGAAGCGUCCACCCCUGCGGCGGGCGCUCUACUGGUGGUCGGCCGAGAUAGCCGGUCUCCGGGCCGCCUGCAACGGGGCCAGGAGGCAAUAUACUCGGAGUAGGCGGAGACGCCCCCAGGACGUGGACAGGGACGACAGGCUGCGCAGGAUCUACGUGGAGAAAAGGAAGAUCCUGCAGCAGGCCAUAUGCCGAGCCAAGGAAGAGGCCUGGCUGGAGCUAGUUGGGGGUCUGGAG